UGCACCUUUAUAAAAGUUCAGAAGUAUAUUUGUUUCGAAAAAUAGAAUAUGGGUUAUUUGUUCUUCCACUUAUACUACAGGAGUAUAUACUUUUUCCCUUUUUUGUUUCCUUUUCGUCUUCUUUCUAAACCGUGACCUAUCUUGCAUUUUUUAUUUUGUCGUUUUCUUCUUGCUAUCAUCAUUUCAUCAUUUCAUUUCAUGUUUCUAGCGGUUUUUAGUUUCUUCUUCUUUUUUAUUUCCCUUGUUAUCUUUUUAAUUUGUUGUAUUCUUCCUAGAAGUAUGUUCAGACAUUUCGUUGGGAUGAUUUCAAUAAAUUAUUAUUACAAAAAUAAAUAAAAAUUAAAAAUAUGAUUAGUAACAAAAAUAUUAAUAAAAGGAAAACUAUCGAAUAAGACUUUCUACUUUAAAAAAACACAAUUAGAGCCCCCAACUAAAAUUCCGCUCAAGUAAACCCUCGAACUCAUUUUAAGUGACAAAUCUUCUCUUUUAACCGGUAAUGAAUUGUUUAACCUGUUACUGUGCACACGUGGCGACCCACGUGGCGGUUUUUUAUUAUUUAUUUCACAUUAAUUUUUCUUUUUCCUUUCUUUUUUCCUUACCUCCUCCUUUCUCCCACUCCCCCUUUCUUCUACGCUCGUUCCAGCAACCUCCUUCCGGCCUUCCCCCUUCACCACUUCUUCCAUCAACCCUUUCUUCUCCCACUUUUUUGUCUUCUCCCAAUUCCUACCCACAGGUCGUCGGCCAGUCCUUCAUUCCGCAGCUUGAGAGAGACCCACGUCGCCGGAGAUUCUCGAGUACCCACCGCACGCCGGAGUGGUGGACGCCUCCUUCUCACAGAUCGCUCGUCUACUGCCCACGAGUCGAUGGCUUCCGUUGAAGCUUCCGGGUCAGCGACGGUGCUCCGUGAUACCUUUAGGCCGGCCAUUUCCAGAUCCGCCGUAGCUUCAAUUCGGCCGCCGCCCUAGUCGACGGAGGAGAAGUAGGGAGCGGGAUGUUGGCUCUUUCCUUCCAAAUUCAACGUGUUGACCGUGUUGCUCCUCAAUUGACCUCGUUGACCAUCUAGCUCUAAGAUAUUGGCCUGCAAAAUAAUCACUAAAAAGAACUAAAAUUAUAUUAGUGGCUCGAGACGCGUCAGACGCUGUCCUAAGGAAUUAUUUCCGGCGUACGGAAAUUUCCCCCAAGAUAUAACGAGCCCUUCGGUUGUAAAACCGGUACCAGAACUAACGAGAAGAAAAUAAUAUAUGAACCCAGUAAUAAUAUAUGAGAAAGGACUUGUAGCACAAAUAGACACUUUAUCAUUCAAAAUAAAAAAUCCCAAAUUUCUUCUCCAUACGUAUGUUUUCAUAUAUGUAUAUAUCGUAGCCAGUACUCAAAACCCUCAAUUGAAUUUCUUGCUUUCAAGUGUAUGCAUAUGCAUAUAUUUUACAAUGUAGGUAUGAGAUAGAGUUUUGUACGUAGCUUUCCA